AGAGAAGGGCAGAGUGGAGCGAGGAAAACGAAAAGGAGAGUUAGGUAAUAGGAUUAGUGGGGUAAGAGCAAGGACAAGGAAGCAGGCAGAGUGAGCGGGAUACACCUGACUGAAGGGAGGGCGGCUUCUCUGCUAGCUGCACACAGACACACACAGACACACACUCACAGUGCUAGCAAGCAGGCGAAGGCAGUUAGCCAGCCAGCAGAGAGCCUGCCAGCAGCCAUGACAGACACUGACUCUCUAAGUGAGGCGUUAAAAGCUAUUAGUGUGAGUACAGAGCUGAUUGAAGAAGAGCUCAAGCCUCAUUUGGAUAAAGUGCUGGCUGCGCUGCUAGAAAAGAAGAAAGAUGCUGCUAUCGACGUUGCCAAAAGUGGGAUUCUACCCAUACUGGCUCAGGCCUUACAGAGAAAAAGCAGUCUGAGCUGCCAGGUGGCUUUGGUGGUGGCAGAGAUGGCCCGAGAAGCUGCAGUGAGGGAGCCAUGCAUCGAGGCAGGCCUGGUUAAGGUGUUGGUUCCCCAUCUGAACAGCAAUAACCAAGAACUGCUGCUGAACUCUGGCAGGGCCAUUGGGCGCAUCUGCUUUGACAACUCAUACCAGCAGGACCAGUUAGUCCAGAGUGGUGUAAUCCCCAGACUCGUUUCCAUAAUGAGGGAGUAUCCUGACAAUGAUCCACUGGUCAAUGUCUGUCUGCUGGCCUUGUGUAACCUGGCAGACAUGGACUCUGCAAGGGAGGCGCUGGCACAGCUGAAUGUUGCAGAUGUACUGAUAUUUCAGCUGAAACAGGCCCCUGAUGCUGAACGCCGACAUGUCAUUUUGGAAAUACUGGGCUCUCUGGGAGAGAGUGAUACUCUGAAACUACAAUUUGCAGAGUUGGGAGUCCCAGAAGCUUUAUCCGAGAUGAUUCGCAGUCUGCAGGGAGGGUCUGACCCACAUGACCUCUGCAGCAUCAAGAUUGCCUCCAACCUAAUGGUGUCCCUGCUUUUAGGGGAUGAGUCCAUGCAGAAGUGUUUUGGUGAAGGAUCAGGUCUGGUGUACCAGGAUGUUCUGUCAUGGCUCCAGAGCUCCAACACCCAGCUGCAGCUAUCGGGAGCACUUGCCAUUGCCAACUUCGCUAGGAAUGACAGUAACUGUGUAAAGAUGCUGGACCUCGGGGUGGUUCCUCACAUCCUGACAUUGUUGGAGCAGCACGUAGAUGAAGGAGACGUAUCUGUUCAACAUGCUGGACUAAGCGCACUCAGAAACCUUGCCAUUCCUGCCACCAACAAAGUGCGAAUGCUGGAGGACGGGGUAACUGACAGAAUAAAGACACUGCUGCGCUCUGACAUGCCCCCAGUUCAGUUCAAACUGCUGGGUACUCUGCGUAUGAUGGUGGACGGACAUGAGGAAGCUGCGUUAGUGCUGGGAAGAGAUGCUGACCUCCUCGAUCGGAUCAUGGAGUGGUGCGAAGCCAAAGAUCAUGCAGGAGUCAGAGGAGAAGCCAGUCGCCUCUUGGCUGCUCUCAUCAGACAUAGUCAGAACUCAGAAGUUGUCCGUGAAGUAGCCAGAGCCAAUGGAAUUCGGCAUCUUAUUUCUAUGGCAUCAAGUGAACAUGUCAUCAUGCAGAAUGAAGCCCUGGUUGCCCUGGCAAUUGCAAGUGCCAUUGACAUUGAGUCUAUGAAGGAUCCAUUUCGGGAGGCUGACCUAUUGCCCAUGCUGAAGAAGAUGUUGGAGGAUCCUGUGGGAGCGGUCGAGGUCAAGUUCAGUGCUUUAGGUCUCAUUUGCAGCCUGGCUAACUCCAGUGUCAUGAAGGAGGAGUUGAACUCUGUGAAUAUGAAGGAAAGCAUCAGUAAACUCACAGAUCAUAGCAGCAGUAAACUUGCCUCACAGGCCAGCUCCAUACUGACCAUCCUCAGUGACACCAGCUAAACCAGCAUCUUGCAGCAACAGGGGAUCCCAUCAGCUGUAUGGAUUUAUCGAGCUUAUUCAGUGGCAUACUUAAAUGACAGAUAUUUUACUGCACAGACAUUGCAAAGUAUUGAACUGGCUUCUUGUCACCUGUUCUGUAAAAAUUAAGGGCCCUUUUUAGUCCCCGUGUGUGCAUGUGUGGCAUGCAACAGAUUAUAGGAUUAUUUGAGUUACGCGUUUGAUUUGCUCCUUUGUUAAAAAGAAGAAACAUUGUCUUUACACUGCACAAUUCAGACAUCAUCUAAGCUCAUUUAUUUAGGUUUUCCUUUGAGUAGUAAUGAGACUGCCUAAGAGUCUUAUCAGCACAGCCUCGGGUAUAUUUGCAGCAUGUUCUGCUGCACAUUUAUGAAUCAGAUGAUGCAAUGAGUAUACAUAUAGGGCUCAAAGGUAACGACUAAAUGAAUAGCCACAAUGUAUCCAGUCUCAGGCAGUCAUGUAUCAUGACUAGCAAUAUUGUAGACAUUUCAUAAAGAUAGCAAAAGGAAAGGGUAAGAGGGCAGGUAAAGUUAACUGGAGAACACACGUUAGGUGUACCAAGUUUUACAGUACUCUGGACCAAAGAGGGUGGAUGGAGAAAUUUACUAGAGCCAGUGAUGGAGGCACAUGUGCACAUACAAAAGUUACAAAUAAAACCUCAGUGCUAAUAUCUGUAACUUCAGUAGCAGGUCAUUGGCAAAGAUGUUAUUAUAAUAUAUGUUAGUAUUAUAUAAAUUGUUAUUUAAUAUUACUGAAUAUGAGCAUCACAGUGGUGCAGUGGAAGCUCUUUGUGUGUCGCGUUACAGAAGGUGGUUCCAGGCUUCUAAUCUAAUCCAAGUGCUGCACAGGAAGUAGGAUGUCAAUAAACAAUACAAAUAAUUUAAGAACAAUUGGGGGGAGUUGGAGUACACCCUGGACCCCAGCCUGACACAGGGAUAAGUAAUAAUGUAGAAAUGAUCAUAUUAAAAUAUGAAAGUAGAAAUGGACUGGCAAAAAUGAGACAAUAAACUGGAACUAGUCUGAAGCUGAGAAAGCUGAUGGGAAGAGGAAUGUCUUCAGUUGGGUGAACAAAAACCAAGUAUGUAUAAUUCUCAAAACUGAUUUUCUACUUACAAGAAAAAGAUGAACAGAUGAGACAUGUAGUAGGCUUUAAGCUGUCAACAGUGUUGGUUAGGGCAGGAAGUGAAACAUGCCCAGAGUGAGUAAAUACACCAGUGAAGGGUUAAGAGCUGAAUUCAUUAUACUGGAGAGGACUGUGCUGUAUUUGACUGAGUAUAAAUCAAGUCAGAAAGUGUUUGUGUUAUUGAGGCCUUGAUAGCCUCCUGAUGUUUGUUAAAAUUUCAUAAGACUCUUUGAGCUCUCCUGCACUGAGUGCCCUUAAUUUAAGGCAGUAUGACCUCAAAGGACAGCAGUGCAGACAGCGUUAAAAGAAUGUAGAGAUGGAGCUUGACAGUUCAGCACAUAUUCUGCAAAUGGGUGAAGCCAACUGAUCAACAGUGUUCAAUUUGAUUAGGCCAGAGAGUGCAGCAUCGUCGUGACUCUUACUUGAUUUUUAACAUUGAUUUAAAAAUUGAUUGCACGUGGUGAGAAAGUAGCAUCCUCAGCAUUGAAUAUACACACAGAUUUGACAAGUAAAAGAACCGAAUCAUGUGUCUCGGCUCAUAUGACCUACGCAUGAGCUGGUGAGCAGAAGGGGAACAAUCAUGGAUAUUAAAAUCACCAAGAAUGAAAAUAUUACAUUUAGGCACAAAUUCAGUGACAAAGCAAAGAAAACCUUUGCUGGGCUCCUCUAGAGGCUUCUGAACAGGAAAUGGUAAUUCCUGAACAGCUUGACCAGCCAGCUUUGCCACCUUACAAGUUAACUAGUGCCAAGUAUGGAGAGUGAGAAUCAUGCUGUUAGAUAACUGCCACUUCUAAUUUGGCCACAGGUGAGUGUGCGUAGUUGUCUGUCUCUGUGUGUUAGCCCUGCGAUAGACUGGCGACCUGUUGAGGGUCUACCCCGCUUCUCAACAUAUAUGGGAUAGGCUCUAAAUUGGAUAAGCAUUAGAAAAUGGAUGGAUAGGAUGUUAUUGAAUAUGCAGCCAGAAUAGUUUACCAAACAAAUUGACGUUUUUCUCAAUAUCCCAAAGGUAAAGAGGUAAAGAAGUGACGUGUGCUCUUCCUAAGUGUUUGGAUCACUGAUUAAAAGAAAGUUUGACUAUAUCAAGGAACUUUUUUUGCCAUGCCAGUGAUAUGAAGUGUGAUGAUUCUGCAGCAAUAUUGUUUGACCUAAAGUAGUUUUAUUUUAAUUACUCCAGCAACAAAACUAACUACUGGAUAAGAUUGUGAUAUACAAGUGAAUGUACAAUGCUCUGGUUUGUCUGUAUUGUGGCAGCUGAGGUGAUGUUUCUGAUAAUUAUUUUCUGAUAGGUUGAGCCUGUUUAAGAUGACUCAGAUUAUGUUUUAUAAUAAGCCUAUCAGCUACUAUCAAACCAGGUUGUCAGGUCUGUAAAUCACCAGUGAUAUUCUGAUGAGUGGACUCAAACAUUAAAAGGGUGUUCAUAAACAAUAAAUUGGCUUUAUGGCAUAUACUCUUCCAGUAAGAACUGCAACAGAUGUAAAUGAUGAACAUACAAAUAACAACAACAAAGGAAGAAUCUGAUAACUUAGCCUCUGGGUAUGAGGUGUGUGUGGUUCUAAAAGAUCACAUUUAUCUACUCAAUACAGUUUUAUUUAUAUAGCACCAACUGAGAGUUGCCUCAAGGCGCUUUAUAUUGUAAGUUAAAGACCCAGAUGAACAUGUCUUGAUGCAUGUUCAGUCAUCGAGGUAAGGAUAGUCGAUUCUGCCCAUCUGGACGUAGCAUUUUUUUUAGUGGGAGAAACGUUUCCUGACUCAUCCGAGUGACUUCUUCAGUCUCAGCUGACUGCAGGUUUCCCCAAUCUUAUAAACAGU